ACUCCAGAUACGAAUGAUUAAAACAUAAAUAAAAACAAAAUCCUGCCGCCAGAGUUUUGUUUUGAAAAAAAUACGUGCAAACGUUUUAGAAUUUCAAUUUAAAAGUCUACAAAUAGAAUGAGUUCCAAACGCAAGAAUAUGGAGGACGAAAUGUCCAGGUUUGAGGCGGAAAUAUCGAAGGCAACCGCUCCCGUCCCUUCCAGCAACAUCAGUUCCAACCCCUUUAUUCCAUCGCAAGUACGCACCGUGAUCGGUUCUCAAACAUACCACCAGGUGCAGCAAAAGUUGGCCACCGUGCCGUCCCGUAUUCCGCCCCCUCCGGUUCCUCCGUUCUUACCAACCUAUUCGACGCCUGUGCCCCAGCAACAACACAGCGCUCAUCAUGCGGCCGUUCCGGAAAAAUCUUACUCGACGGAACCCACCCCGGCAGUUGUUAGUAGUGCUCCAAAAUUGUACAACGCCAGACCUACGGUUGGCACUCUGCCUAAGAUAGAUGCCCCCGCAGCUGCCAGCAGUUCCAUUGGACCGACCGUUUCCUCUGCCCCGGUACAAUCGUACGAUAUCGCCAACAUACAGUUCGAAGUGACCACCAAAAUUAAGAAGCAAAAAACGGAAAAGUCGGGUCCUAACCCGAUUGCCGAAGAAGCCAUCAAAGCUGCAAGAGCUUCGUCAGCUUUACAGUCAUUUGGAAAUUCAGACCGUAGAGGGAAAAAAGAUCGUAAGACGGUACGCGUUGCCGGUGGCCAGACUUGGGAGGACCAAUCCCUAGCGGAUUGGCCCGAUGACGAUUUCCGGAUUUUCUGCGGCGAUUUGGGCAACGACGUGAACGAUGAACUGCUGACGCGAACCUUCAACAAGUUUCCCUCGUUCCAGCGAGCCAAAGUGAUACGAGACAAGCGGACCAGUAAAAGCAAGGGCUACGGUUUCGUCAGUUUCAAAGAUCCUCAGGAUUUUAUUCGGGCAAUGAAGGAGAUGGAUGGUCGUUACGUCGGUAGCCGGCCCAUCAAACUACGCAAAAGCACAUGGAAAAAUCGCAGCAUCGAGGCGGUACGGAAGAAGGAUAAAGAAAAGCAAGCACUUCUUAGUUUAUUCAAUCAAAAUUAGUGCAGUUGGUCGAAUUAAGGAAUAUGUCAUCAACGGUAAGUGUAUCAAUUUCACACCUUAUUUUCUGAGAAUGUUUUGCUGAUUAAGUAUACUUCCGCUUUUCGCAUAACAGUCCCGUGUACAUAGGCAAAUACACAGCAUAUGACUUUCAUUUGAACAGUGACAUUAGUAGAAGGUAUUCCGCCCUUCUAAACUUAAAGUUUUAUGGAUACUCUAAGAAAUUAUGUGUUUUCAAUCGUCAUCAAUCCUAAAAAUAAUUGAUAAUCACAUAUUUUUAGAAAUAAAUCUUUCUUU